AUGAGUCAAGCUGCAAUCCGAGCUCAGACACAACGCGAGCAAAACGAGAGUUACAGCGAAAGCGCAAAGCCCAAUCCAUCGACCACCCUCAAACCCCCUCAAGAUUCAGGUCAGCGGACUUGUCCUCCAAACUUACCAUUGACGACUCCGAUGUCUUUGAGUGAAGAGUGCGCCUCACCUGUGCCGUAUCACAUUUCACGCCCAACGCUUACACCAAAUUCGGUAAGCGAUAACAUAUCCCAAAAUAUAGCGGCAACCACAACUAGUACAGUGACAUGUUUUACUACCUCCAUCGCGCCAACAACAACAACAAACACACCGGUACCUGCCGACUGCAUAGCGGUGUCAACAGCACGGCCUAUUCUUGCUGCACAAGCACAAAUUAACUUGAGUGCAAGCACUGGCAACAAAGGUAAAGCGCAAGAAAAGUUGAAAAACGAAACAACUAAAAAUACGGCCAUACAGACUGGAAUGGACCGCUGUGUUACAAUAAAAAGAAAACUUAGUCCGCAAAAUUCAACGGGCAGUAAGACAAAAAUAAACCGCCUUACCUCAACUCAGCAAGUCAGUACGAAUAGAUUUGCACUGCUAAGUGACAAUGCCGAUGAUGUGAAUAGCCAAAUUUCUGAAGGAUUUUCGAAAUACCUGAAUGACACAAACACAAAAUUUUAUACAUACCAACUUAAAAGUGCAAAAGGUCUACAAAUUGUAAUUAAAGGUAUCGAACCAAGCGUUGAAGCUGUGGAAGUUUUGGAAGCACUUAAAGAACAAGGUUUCAAUCCAAAAGCUGCUGUGAAUAUUUUUAAUAGGAACAAAAUCCCUCAACCUAUGUUUAAAGUUGAGCUCGAGCCUGAAAACAAACCUCUGGGCAAAAACGAUGUGCAUCCAAUUUAUAAAUUGCAAUAUCUGCUGCACCGUAGGAUAACUGUGGAAGAACCGCAUAAGAGAAAUGGCCCUGUACAAUGCACCAACUGCCAGGAGUAUGGUCAUACUAGGUCUUACUGCACGCUUCGCUCAGUGUGCGUAGCUUGUGGAGAGCUACAUGUCUCUGCCACUUGCACAUCAAACAAAGAAGACCCGCGUGCAAAAAAUGUGGUAACUGCGGUGGAAAUCACACAGCAAACUACAGAGGCUGUCCAGUCUAUAAGGAGUUAA